AUGGCAUAUGUGUAUGACCACGUGGCCGCCACGCCCCGCCGCGACGGCGCGCCCUGCCUCGCCGCGUGGGGUGCGGUGGGGGCGCCCGUGAUGGUUGGCGGCCGCGGCGGCGGGGACCGGCUAGCGCUCGUGUUCAGAACGCGGCGCGACGUGUUCAUCUCCUUCAGGGGCAUGGACGGCCUCUCAGAGCUGCCGAAGGCGACGCGAGUGCAGCCUGUCUUUGAUGCGCCCUUCUUCGGGGCCCCGCUGCCCGAGCGGCCCCCGCCGCCGCAGCUGCCGCUUGCUGCGUACCGCACCCAAAGGCCGUUUGCAGACCCGCGGCUGUUCUGGGUGCUCAGGAAGGACUACGACGAUGCCAGGGCCCUGGACACAGCCCUAGCAGAGGCCAUGGACGCCGCCUCGCGCCCGUCUGCACGCGUCUGGCUGACUGGCCACAGCUCGGGCGGGGCUCUAGCGCAGCUCAUGGCGCUGCGCCUGUCAUCGCAGCACAGUUUUGCUAUUGGCGGUGUCUUCCUGUUCAAUUCGGACAGAGUCGGCAGCGCAGGGUUUGCGGCGCACUAUGACUCGCACUUGGGCAACGUCACCCUGCGGUACGGCUACGGGCAUGACAACGCCAACAUGGCCUCCAACAUGGCCAUGGGCCUCCGCUUCCCCGGCCGCGGCUUCUGGGCGUGCCCCCAAAAGGGGCGCCCCGUCGAGGCGCUCGCGGCGCUGCCGCUGGGGCAGGACACGAUGAACGCAUGUAAAGGCGUCACCCCCUGGCCCCGGCAGGACGACCUAGAGACCAAGGAUGACGUGGCAAGGCGCUGGCGAGUCCCCCUGAUGCCGAAGCUGGCUGUCUUGUCCACGGUCGCCGAGUGGGACAGCUUUUCACACCACUUCCCGCACCUCCUGUUCGACUCGCUCUUGCGCAUCCUGGGGCCCCAAGUCGACACCUGCGUGAUGAAGGCGUUGCGCAACUCACAGUGCGUGGUCAGCCGAGGCUGUACAGUCGCGCUGCGGCCUGCAGGCGACACGCGCUGCCUCACGUGUGCAGACGACUCCACAUGCACAGAGUUCUGGGGCCUGCCCGGCUACAGUGGCGACAGGGACAGUGAUGUAAACAUCGGCACCCCACUGGUCGGGGUGGUGGCAACUGCCGCGCGGCCGCCCUCAGCGGGCAACACGGCAAUAGCGGCCAGGCUGCGGAACGGGCUGAUUAGGUUCCUGGAUGACGGCAGCGGCGGCGCUGGCGGCGCCACGGUCAGGCACGUCGCGUUUGGCAUUGCGGACGUUGAGGCCGCCAGCCAGCAGGAUGCGACCUCGCAGCCGCAGCAGCAGCAGCAGCAGCCGCAGCAGCAGCAGCCGCAGCAGCAGCAGCCGCAGCAGCAGCAGCAGCAGCACCAGCACCAGCAGCACCCGCAGCAGCAGCACGAGCAGCAGCAGCAGCAGCAGCAGCAGCACCAGCACCAGCAGCGGCACCAGCAGCAGCACCAGCAGUCAACUUUUCUGCGGCAGGGCACAGAGGUGACAUUCCAGCUUGCGGCUGACCCCGCAGCACAGCAGCGCGCGACUGCUGCUGCCGCCGCCGCUGCUGCAGCGCAGCGGGACUAUCGCGCCGCCUUCUGGGCUUCGCACGUCGCCACGCACGUCACGCCGCUGAGCGGCGCAGCCCGCGCGAGCCUGACGGGUGUGCAGUCGCGGCAACUGGCGGUGCUGGGGCUCCUGGCAGGGGCGUCUGAUGAGCUCGAGGCAGCGGCGGGGGAGCGGCGACGGCGGGCGGGCGGCAAGCCGACGUGA